GAAUUCAACAACCUCGUUAAAGAACUAAAACAGUCUAGUUACCUAUCGACGGAAUGUUUCGCGUUCUAUAUCCUAGCGCACGGCAACCAUACCAAGGGACGGGAUAAAAUUUACCUUAACGACAACUCAGUCCUAUACGUCGAGGACAUUUUGUCCCUGUUCAAUAACGCAAACUGCCCAAAGCUGAUCCGGAGACCGAAGUUGUUCUUCUUUUCCAUCUGCCGCGGUGACACCCCCGAUUACGGAACCCUACGGCUGGCGGAGCACACCGAACGCGACGGGAUGAUCAACAUGAAGAAGGAUCCCCCGAACAAUAUGCCAACCUACGCGGACAUGUUGAUCUGCUUCUCGACGGUACCCGGUUACGCGGCCCAUCGGGACCGACAGUACGGAUCGUGGUUCGUGGAGAGUAUGUGUAAGGUUUGGUCCAAGCAUGCUCACGAUACGGACGUGGAGCAGCUGAUGAAGCUGGUGGGCAAGGACUCCAGUACGUAUCGGACGGAGCAGAACAAUGCCCUGCAAACGCUGGGCAGUGAGCAGAGAGGAUUCUUCAACGUGCUGUACCUUAAUCCAGGGUACUAUGAGGACUGAAGAAUGGAUCGGUAAUUCGAUCUGGGUCUGGUAAAAAUAAAGCGUAAGUUCAAAUUGAUAAGUUUUAUAUUGUUAAGUUAUGAAGCUAUUGUUUGAUAAGUUAUAUUACAUAUUUUUAUGAUCUAUCUUCUACAGUUUAUCAAUGAACAAUAUAACAGUAUGUUUACCUACUAA